AUGGACGAUGGACUCGAUGCAUUUCCCCUUCAGGGUCUAAUGCUCCAAAGAGCCAUGCUUCAGAUCUUCAUCCGCCGCAUGCUGCUCAUCUUACACGAGCCGUUCGCGAGGGAUGCAAAGAACUCCGCCAGCCACACAUCAUCACGAUUCGCCGUCAUGGACAACGCUCGGGAACCCGGUGUGCAGUGGUUUCUCAACUUCUUUAAGGAGGACUUCGGCAUUGCCACGAUCUACGUCGCCCGAGCCAUCCGCCGGAAUGACUUUGAUGCAGACGCACAGGUCCUGCCCCAUACUUGCCCUAAAGAAAUCGUGUGGACGGCACUCAGACAAUCGACUGAGAUAUCAGAGGCCCAUGCGGCGGACUCGGUCAACCACUUUCGAGUCUACAUGGGCAGCGUGUAUUUAUUGGCUGCACUUGAAUCUUUACAGUCUGGCUGUCCCAUGCUCGACAAGAUGAUCGAGGCUGGUCGAACCAUUAUUCGCAUUAUACACACUAAGAAGGGCAAGGAGAUUUCUGACAUGGAUUUGUUCCCUUCUAGUAAGAAUAUCUCAACAGUCGGCUCAUCAGGUAGCCCAGAUGAGGCGGACGCGGAGAUCCGUGACUGGGCGCGGGUUGGAUAUGAUCCGCUAUGUUUCGACGAAGAGUCUCAAAGCUCGAGAGGCUUUUUCUCAUGGUAG